AUGAAGCGAUUGCCGCGGAAUGCGCUUGCUUACAUGCUUUCCAAACCGUAUCCCUGUCUCAAGUGCAACAGAUCUUACACCAACAAGAGCACCUUAAACCGUCAUUUGCGAGAGGAAUGCGGCAAGGAGCCAAAAUUGUGUCCAUUUUAUUCAUCUCAAUACAACAUGUCAGACUAUUAUAAGAGACUGGGUAGACACUUUUGCUCGAAAUGUGGGAAGGAGUACAAAUGGAUGCAAUCGUUGGUCAGACACGAACGGGAAGAGUGUGGAAAAGAUCCGCAAUAUAGUUGUUCUAUAUGCGGUUCAAAAAUUAGACAUAAGUGGAUGCUGAAAAAACACAUGAUCAACGUCCAUCAUUUAGCCCUUCCGAACGGCAAGAACUUUUACAACAAUCAACAACAAUUAAGAAAAUCUACAUAA